AUGAACCGUUCAAGUUUGCCCUAUUCGGCCCAGGAUUUAUUUCCGAAGGCCCCCAUUGGCAAUGGCAACAAUGUUGCUGGGUCCUCUAGUAUUCUUGGCGGUAGUAGAACAAUCGGAAUGGCCCAUAAUUCUACCUCCACCCCAAGUUCAUCCUCAGCAUUUGCUGCUACUGCUUCGAACUCAGCAACUUCACCAAUUAGAAGGCUUCAAAAGUUCCUUCGCCGACUUUUCCGUCCAUCUUCGCUUGAUUUUGAGACCGCUAUUUGGGAAAUAUUUCACCUUGUUCUCAACCCUAAGAAAAUGUACCGUUCUCAUUAUUACAGACUUCAAGGGAAGGCUUCCUACACUCGAGAUGAUCCAGCAUUUCUUAUUCUUCUAACAGGAUUUUUGUCUCUACUGGCAAUCGCAUGGGGACUUGCAUACUCUCCACGGAUGGCUGACGUUAUAAAGCUUGUUGGAUACAUGGUGGUGGUUGAUUUCUAUCUCACUGGGGCCGUAAUUGCAACUCUUAUGUGGGUUGUUACAAAUAGAGUCUUUAAUGGCUCAUUUGCCAUGGUGCUACCAAUACUGUCGCAGCAAUCACACGCACGUCUUAGGGUGAAUUAUAUCGAUUGGGGUUUUUGCUUUGACGUUCAUUGUAAUGCCUUUGUUGUUAUAUGGGGUCUGCUUUAUGUUGUUCAAUUUUUCCUCCUUCCUCUCCUCAACGUGAAGCGUUCAUUUAUAGCUCUCUUUUUCGGGAACACAUUAUAUUUUGGCGCCAUUGGCCAUUACUUUGUGAUCACAUUUUAUGGCUACAAUCUGCUCCCCUUUGUAAGUGGGGGUAUUGGUGCCAGACAACUUCAAACAAUUGUAUUGAUGGGGGUACUACCAGCUUUGGCUAUCGCAUGGCUUUUGAGCAUCUGCUUGGGACUUAAUGUUGCCCAUCUUAUGGUGGAAACUUACUUCAAUUGA